AUGGCGUCCUCCAGAGCCCCUCUCUUUGCCGAUCCAAAUCGACACUCCAUGGAGUCAACAUACGACGACGAGGAGACCGCUCUCCUCGGUGGCAUCGCGACAACAUCUCCUACUCGGCCCUUCGCAACAAGCUUCUACCCGACCCUAUACUUGCGCAGCCUCGCGCUCAUCCUCUCAAUCCCCGCCUUUAUCAUCUUCAUCGUCGAAGGGCCUUCCUACUCCCCAUCAAUUGUCUUCCUGUCGUUCGCAAUCGCGCGACAAAUCGCGGUGCUGGGAUCACAUUUCGGAAGCCAGGUCGUGGUCAUACAUAUCGAAAUCGUGCAUCCGAAGUGGAAGAGUGUGUCUGCGAAAGCGCAGGAGAAAUGGAUCAAAAAGAGCGUGGCUGGGGCGAUUGACGCUGGCAUAUUGUUGGGGUUGUUGGUCUCGCUGGCUAUUGUUGCGAAGAAAGUGGAUACUACCCAUGGCCUGCCGAAGGAAGUGACACAUGCUGUGAUUCUGGGGUUCAUUGUCUUUGGCCUGCUCCUUGUUUCCAUUACUGAUUUUGGGUAUCCGAAUCUGGUCACAUUGGCUCUUGCGGUCGAGAAGCCUGUUGAUGGGGUGCUGAAAUUGGCUACAAGUGUGCAAUAUGGCGAGCCCGAAGAGACGGAAGAGCAACCCGAGACCCAUCAAUAUGGACGCCCUGGGAAGAGGAACUCGCAAACACCCGAUGAUGAUUACUUUCGCAGAUCUCAAGGCUUCAAUGCAGUUGCCAUCUCGGUCAGCAUAUUUCUCCAAUAUUUCCCUGCAAGACUUUCGUUUAGCCUCCUUUUCCUCUUUCUCUUCCUCGGUCAUGAGUUGCCAAUACAACCAUUCAAACCCUGGGUCCUAAUCCACCUUCUUUUCACCACCCACGAUACCCAAAGAGCUCGGCAAAGAGGAGUGUUUGACGAAGAGGAAAUUGACAGAGAAGAAGAUAUUCCACCGGAAGUCGAGUGUACGGGUACAAUUUCUGUGCAACAGCCGCUUCAAGGAAUCGAAGAGACCCAAGAGUAUGUUGAAGGCAAUUGCGACAACCUCGACCACCAAACAGAUGAGUCAGAAGGCGAUGCAGAUGCUCAGUCGCAAUAUUCUUCUGGUGGUACGGUAUUGUCUCCGGAGGUGAUGUUCAGAGGGUUCCAGCUUCGAUAG